AUGAUCUACAGAAUAAGGGUAGUCAUCACCUGGUCACUUGGAGACUGUGAUACUGAACGGUACAGGGACUAUUUCCACACUAUUUGUGUGUACAAAGAUAUAUAGCACAAUGAUGUGCUGAGUGCUUUGAGCUUGGAAAAAGCAUGCAUGCACACUUGCAUGCACAUGCACAUGCAUACGCAUACGCACACACACAAACACUCUCUCUCACACACACCUUUUAGUCCAUCCCUUAUUUUCCUGUAAACCAGCUGAAACCCGAGAGGCAUCAUCGCUCUCUCUCUCUCUCUCUCUCUCUCUCUCUCUCUCUCUCUCUCUCUCUCUCUCUCUCUCUCUCUCUCUCUCUCUCGACUUUGGAGCAGAGUGGUCAUGUUACCUGAGUCCCAGUCUACCGCAGUGCUUUGAUGUGUGUUUGCACGCUGAUAGGUAUACUGCAGUGCCUGAUUAAAGAAUGUUGUGUUAUAUUCUGCUUGUAGGCUGCUCUGGGUUUAACUGUCCCACACCUUUCUCUGAAAACUAUUGGAUAUGAGCCCAGGAAGGUGACUCUGGGGUUGUUGCUUUUGUUCAUACUAGCAUUUGAAAAUUGCUGACAGCAUCGCAUUUCAGCUGCUUACAGUGUAACAGUAAUCUAUCUAUCUAUCUAUCUAUUUUUCAGGACUGUCUGAUUCUGGAGAAGAGCGAUAUGCAUCACCCGGUAUGCUCCUUCCAGGACGACUUCCAGGAGUUUGAGAUGAUUGAUGACGAGGAGGAUGAGGAAGAGGAGGUGGACCCUGAUGCUCCCCCCUCCCCCACCGCUUCCCCUCCUUCUUCCCCCACCCUGGGCACGCUGAAGAGCCGGCCCAACACCCUCAACCUCACCACCACUGUCUCACAGGUACACAUGCACGCACACACUCAACCUUUUCACAUUUAACACCAGAUUUAGCUUUCUGCUCUCCUCUGAUUUGGUAAAUUAUGCUGACCUCUCUCUCUCUCUCUCUCUCUCUCUCUCUCUCUCUCUCUCUCUCUCUCUCUCUCAGGACUCACUGAACAACAACAGCAGUCUUUCUCCAAAGAAGGGCAGCUGGCAGGACUCUCUACGCAACCCCACCUCCCAGGGUGAGUACUGUGCUGUCAUACUGUUACCACUCCCCCCUACUCAUUACUUAUCCAAUACUAAUCCACUGCCAACACCUAGCAGCUUAUUUCCUCCAAAAUGCCCUAGCUUAAAAAAAUAAAAAUACAUUUAUAUAUUUUUGGGGGGCCCUUUGUCCCGCGUCUCACAACCAAACAAUCAUGCCCCGCAUUUUAUCAACAUAUUUAAACACCACUAAUAAAUAAAUAAAAGUUUGAUUUGUUGUGUUUUACACUCAAACAUUCCAACCUGUCUCUUGCAGUCACGUUGCGGUUGUGAAAGAUAUAUAUCAUAAGGAUGUUGUGUGAUGUUAAACACUUCUCCAAUCAUUGUUGAGAUCUGAUAUUCUGCACAGCGCAAGACGAGACUUAGGCCAAUGUCAUAGGCCUAUUGUCAAUCAAUCACAUUUCUCAAAUCCUUUCAGGCUAAAUUCCAGCUAAACUUAAAAGAGGACAGUUAGCCUUAACUACUUUUUAAAAAGUGUGUUUCUGACAAAGAGCUACAAAAGUAGGUAAAUAGCCGUAUUAGGCUGAAAAAUACAAGGUAAUUUAGUCAAACUUGUGAGGCUCUACAUGGCCAUUAGUAGCUCAUUCAACAUAUUUGCUGCUACUUUACUCAAUCCCUUUUUAAAAGCCUCCCUUUCUAACUGUUUUAAAUUCCCUGAGACCAGAAAUGUUUCCUUGGCCAAAUAUUCCCAGAUUUUCAUAAAACAUGUCGUCUCUCGUUUCUGCAUCACCAAAUUUUGUGCGAGGCAAAACAGUAGGCUACGUGUGCUUCGGUUAGCUGCAGCGGGUGCAUCGCUCUGCCACUUCUCACAAUGGUGCUCCUUUAGUAAAAUUUUGAUCAAAGCUGAAUCAAUGUCUUGGAAGAUCACAUAAUUGUUAAUUAGUAUUCUACAUAACAAAACCAAAUAUAAUAGCAUAGUAUCAUGUUACUGUUACACCAAAAAACCCACCUUAGUCAUUUCUUAUGAGAUUUUAGGAUGGUUAGCUGACUGGUCCAAUUGUCUUUAUCAUGCAGCCAAAACACAACAGCGUGCGCUACUAGGCAGAAUUUGCUUGGAUUGAAACAAAAUACAGGAAGGCUAUAUAGUUUGUUAACAUCAUCUGCUCUAAUUUGCUGACGUAAAAGUAAUUGAAGAAGAUUUAAAUGCAUAGUCCCAUGAAACUGAUUGAGAUCAAAUGAUUGACAUGCAGACGCAGUUGUCACAUUCGUUUAAGGACGGGUCAGACCAAGGCGCAGCGUGAAAUGCGUACAUGUUUAUUUCAACGAUAAACACACGAACAAAACAACGUAACGUGAAGUCCUCAGGCUAAACACAACACAACACAACACAACACAACACAACACAACACAACACAACACAACACUCUACACGGAACAAGAUCCCACAACUAAUGAUUGCAACCAGGCAACUUAAGUAUGAUCCCCAAUCAGAGACAACGAGCGACAGCUGCCUCUGAUUGGGAAUCACACCCGGAUCGGACUCCGGGCCUGACGACCACAUUCUCUCAGCCUCCCCGUUGCGCCCCUGGUCUGGUCUGGACCUCGGCGCGCUGCUUCCCCUUCCUCCCACGAUGUACCAAGCCCUGUCUGGACCCUGGUGUGGGAGACCCCGAACCUGGAGAGGGGCUGACGUCUGGGUCUGGACUGGAGCCGCUGACCGGAGCUGGACUGGACCCCGGUGGAGCGGAAUGCUCUGGCUGGGCCGGACUGGCGACACGCACCACUGGCUUGGUGCGAGGAACAGGAACGGGCCGGGCCGGACCGGACUGGGAACACGCACCACUGGUCUGGUGCGAGGAGAAGGAACGGGCAGGGCUGGACUGGGGACACACACCACUGGCUUGGUGCGGGAAGCAGGCACGGGCCGGGCCAGACUGGGGACACACACCACUGGCUUGGUGCGAGGAGCAGGAACGGGCCAGACCGGACUGGGGACACACACCACUGGCUUGGUGCGAGGAGCAGGUACAGACCGUACAGGACUGGUGAGGUGCACUGGUGACACAGUGCGUAGAACCGGAGCAGGAUAUACUGGACCUUGGAGGCACACUGGAGACCAGGAGCGUUGAGCCGGCACAACCCGUCCUGGCUGGCUGCCCACUUUCGCACGACACGUGCGGGGCGCUGGCACAGGACGCACUGGGACGCAUACAUGGGUUCCUCUAUUAACCCACGCUCCUUAUGUUGCCUAACCAGCUCCUCUCUCCAUGCAUUUACUUCCUCCUUCUCCCUACGACCCUCCUGCAGUGCCUCCUCUUGAAUGGAGCUCUCCCGCUCUAAUCUUGCUAUCAGCCCCCGUAAUGUGGUGGCCUCCUCUCUUACCCUGCAGAUCCGAUCCUUCUCUCUCCCUCGGCACUCCUCCUCCAGUGAGGACUCCUCUGGGAGCCCCCACGAGUUAGGGAACAGAAACUCAUCGUCGUCGUCAUCCUCCGACUACUCAGUAUAAAACUGUUCCCACUCUUCUUCCCAUGGUCGUAGGGACUCAACCUGGAAACCCACCGGGUGCAGUUGUCGGGGCUCUUCUCUCUCGCUCCCCGACCACUCCUUUAGCCCCCCCAAUUUUUUUUCUUGGGGCUGCCUCUCGGGCUUCCUCCUCGGCCGGCGCCUUCUGUGUUGCCGUUGCUCCUCUCCUGCCUGGGCUUCCUUCUUCGCCCAGGGUCCUUUCCCCGCAAAUAUCUCCUCCCAAGACCAAAUCUUCCCCACCUGUGUCCAGGGUGUUUGCUCCUGGGCACGCUGCUUGGUCCGUGUUUGGUGGGAUCUUCUGUCACAUUCGUUUAAGGACGGGUCAGACCAAGGCGCAGCGUGAAAUGCGUACAUGUUUAUUUCAACGAUAAACACACGAACAAAAUAACAAAACAACGUAACGUGAAGUCCUCAGGCUAAACGCAACGCAACGCAACGCAACGCAACGCAACGCAACGCAACGCAACGCAACGCAACGCAACGCAACGCAACGCAACGCAACGCAACGCAACAACACAACACAACACAACACAACACAACACAACACAACACAACACAACACAACACAACACAACACAACACAACACAACACAACACAACACAACACAACACAACACAACACAACACAACACAACACAACACAACACAACACAACACAACACAAGCCUCUACACGGAACAAGAUCCCACAACUAAUGAUUGCAACCAGGCAACUUAAGUAUGAUCCCCAAUCAGAGACAACAAGCGACAGCUGCCUCUGAUUGGGAAUCACACCCGGCCAAACAUAGAAAUACAAUAACUAGAAUGUGAACAUAGAAAUAAUGACAUAGAUCUCCACACCCUGACUCAACAUACAAGAGUCCCAUAAGUCAGGGUGUGACAGCAGUUUGGACGUUUCACUGGUAAAACGUGAAGAAUUAUAAUUCACAAUUGACAGUGAUGUUGGUGUUUGAGGGUAUUAAACAUAUAAACAUUUUUUGAGACAUUGUGUGGGCAUAGGCAGAUGUUGCAAUUGGAGGAUGCAUUGUAUGCAUAUUAUAUAAUUAUAUAUAUGUGGAAUCCCUGGUCUCUGGCAGUGUUUGGAACUGCCGAUCUGUUGUCAAGAACGGCGAGUUAAUCUCAGCCUAUUCUGCCCUUCACUCCCUUGAGUUUUUGGCCCUGACAGAGGAAUGGAUCACCCCAGAGAACACUGCUACUCUAGCUAAUCUCUCUUCAUCUGACUACGUUUUCUCUCAUAGUCCGAGAGCAUCUGGUCGUUGCGGUGGUGGCACAGGGCUACUCAUUUCUCUUAAGUGGAGAUUUUCUAUUUUCUCCCUCACUCACCUGUCCAUCUCCUCAUUUGAAUGCCAUGCUGUCACUGUCCACUCAAGCUUAUCAUUGUUGUCAUAAAUCACCCACCAGAUGCCUUUAGAUAAUUCCUCAAUGAGCUUGACACCUUGAUAAGCUCAUUUCCUGACGAUGGCUCACCACUCUUCGUACUUGCCGACUUCAAACUCCCGACGUCUGCCUUAAUUAACUCUUUCUUUCCCCUCCUUGCCUCUUUUAACCUCACCCUUUCCCAAUCCCACUCACAAGGCAGGCAAUAUGCGUGACCUCAUCGUUACUAGAGGCUGUUUGCCUACUAACCCCCUCCAGGUCUCUGAUCACUACUUUGUUUACUUUUCUUUCUCCCUCUCCUCCAACCCUAGCCACUCAGCCCCUACCUAGAUGGUCAUGCGCCGUCACAAUCUUCUCCUCUCUCUUUCUCUUUCUCUCUCUCUCUCUCUCUCUCUCUCUCUCCCUCUACUCUCUCCUCUUCUAUCCUAUCAUUCUCUCCCUCUACUCUCUCCUCUUCUAUCCUUUAAUCUCGUCCUUCUGCUAAAUCCUUCUCCCUCCUGUCUCCUGAUUCUGCCUCUUUGACCCUACUCUCCUCCCUUUCCCCAUCCUAUGACUCGCCCUGUCCUCUUUUCUCCUGGCCGGCUCGGCCCUCCCCUCCUGCUCCGUGGCUGAGUGACUCAUUGCGAGCUGACAGAACAGGGCUGCAGGCAGCUGAGCAAAAAUGGAGAAAAACUAAACUUCUGGAGGACCUAUCAUCAUUUCACUCCCUCCUCUCUACCUUCUCUUCCUAUGUAUCCACUGUUAAAGCCACUUUCUAUCACUACAUUUAAAGCUUCUGGCUCUAACCCUAGGAAAGUAUUUUCCACCUUCUCCUCCCUCCUUAAUCCUCCACCCUCCCUCCUCCCUCUCUGCGGACGGCUAUCAACCACUUUGAAAAGAAGGUUGACGAUGUCCCACCUAGCUAUGUUAAGAUGAAUGCACUAACUGUAAGUCUCUCUAGAUAAGAGCUUCUGCUAAAUGACUAAAAUGUAAAUGUAAAAUGUAUUCAAUAGGCUACAUCUGUCUGUAAUUUGUCUUAUUCAUUAUGACGUAAUUUGCGGGUAGGAUGACCACAUUUAAAAUAUUUGCGGGACAGUGUAUCCUACAUGAAUAUAACUUUUUGGCAGCUUCCCCUGUAAAUUAUGUAAUCAUUUCUCAAAGUUUGUACCAAAAGAUGUAGCCUAUUGAAUAUCAUUAUAGAAUAUGCAUAACAUGUAAAACAGUUAGGAAGCGAGGCUUUUGAAACGGGAUUGUGUCAAGUAGACCUCCCGAGUGGCGCAGUGGUCUAAGGCACUGCAUUGCAGUGCUAGCUGUGCCACUAGAGAUCCUGGUUCAAAUCCAGGCUCUGUCGAAGCCGGCUGCGACCGGGAGACCCAUGGGGCGGUGCACAAUUGGCCGGCAGGGAUGUAGCUCAGUUGGUAGAGCGUGGCGUUUGCAACGCCAGGGUUGUGGGUUCGAUUCCCACGGGGGGCAGUAUGAAAUAUAUAUAUAUAUAUAUAUAUAUAAUGAAUGAAUGUUAGCACUCUCUAACUGUAAGUUGCUCUGGAUAAGAGCGUCUGCUAAAUGACUAAAAAUGUUUGUUUUUUUAAAGUUAUACGGCUUUCUACUUACUUUUGUAGCUCUUCGUCAAAGGCACGCUUUUGUAAGUAGUUAGGGCUAACUGUUCUCUCCAAGUUUAGAGGGAAUUGAGCCUGAAAGGAUUUGAAAAAUGCGAUUGGUUGACAAUCAGCCUGUGACAUUGUGUGAUGGGUGAUUUGAAGGAGUCAGGCGCAGGAGGGUAAAUCACUGAAUACAGAGUUUAUUCCGGAAUACAGAGUUACGCAGAAUUGCAUCAAACAGUCCAGUGCGCAAAACAGUGGUUCCGGGGAUCGAACCCACUAUCCUGGCGUUACAAGCGCCAUGCUCUACCAAUUGAGCUACAGAGGACCACUCCAGGGCUUUCCCCGAGAGGCAGGAGACGAGGGCAGACACCUUCUCCCGCUCCGAUGGGGCCGGGCUGAUGCUGGAAUAAUAGAGCUCCAGUUGGAGGAGGAAUCCCUGGCAGAGAGCAACUGUCCCAUCGAACUCCCGGGAUAUAUGGAUCCCUCUGCCUCUAGGUGCUGGGGUGUGGGUGGCUGGAUCCGGUCGCCAAGCUGGUCUCGACAGAUCGAUCCAUCGCUUCUCCCAAGCUGGCUAGCAUCGUCGAAUGCUCAUGGACCCGUGCCAUGACUCAAGGCAUGCGCUCCUCUCCCGCUGACUCCAUAGCGGGUGGGUGAUUCUGUGAUAGGUGAUUUGAAGGAGUCAGGCGCAGGAGGGUAAAUCACAGAAUACAGAGUUUAUUCAGUAGCACAGAGUUAUGCUGGAUAGCGUCAAACAGUCCAGUGAGCAAAACAGGCGCACCAUAACAAAACAGGCACACAGGGAAAAUAUACCCUGGCAAUACAAAAUACACGGAGCUCAACCGAGCUACACUCUCCUCACACUAAACAAUCACCCACAAGGACAAGGGGGCAGAGGGAACACUUAUAUCAAAUCUAAUCUAAUCAAAUCAAAUUUUAUUGGUCACAUGCGCCGAAUACAACAGGUGCAGACAUUAAAGUGAAAUGCUUACUUACAGACCUUAACCAACAGUGCAUUUAUUUUUAACAAAAAAAGUAAAAAUAAAACAACAACAAAAAAAAGUGUUGAGAAAAAAAAGAGCAGAAGUAAAAUAAAGUGACAGUAGGGAGGCUAUAUAUACAGGGGGGUACCGUUGCAGAGUCAAUGUGCGGGGGCACCGGCUAGUUGAGGUAAUAUGUACAUGUGGGUAGAGUUAAAGUGACUAUGCAUAAAUAAUUAACAGAGUAGCAGCAGCGUAAAAAGGAUGGGGUGGGGGGACAGUGCAAAUAGUCCGGGUAGCCAUGAUUAGCUGUUCAGGAGUCUUAUGGCAUGGGGGUAGAAGCUGUUGAGAAGUCUUUUGGACCUAGACUUGGCACUCCGGUACCCCUUGCCGUGCGGUAGCAGAGAGAACAGUCUAUGACUAGGGUGGCUGGAGUCUUUGACAAUUUUGAGGGCCUUCCUCUGACACCGCCUGGUAUAGAGGUCCUGGAUGGCAGGAAGCUUUGCCCCAGUGAUGUACUGGGCCGUACGCACUACACUCUGUAGUACCUUGCGGUCGGAGGCCUAGCAGUUGCCAUACCAGGCGGUGAUGCAACCAGUCAGGAUGCUCUCGAUGGUGCAGCUGUAGAAUUUUUUGAGGAUCUGAGGACCCAUGCCAAAUCUUUUCAGUCUCCUGAGGGGGAAUAGGCUUUGUUGUGCCCUCUUCACGACUGUCUUGGUGUGUUUGGACCAUGAUAGUUCGUUGUUGAUGUGGACACCAAGGAACUUGAAGCUCUCAACCUGUUCCACUACAGCCCCGUCGAUGAGAAUGGGGGCGUGCUCAGUCCUCUUUCUUUUCCUGUAGUCCACAAUCAUCUCCUUUGUCUUGGUCACGUUGAGGGAGAGAUUGUUAUCCUGGCACCACACGGCCAGGUCUCUGACCUCCUCCCUAUAGGCUGUCUCAUCAUUGUCGGUGAUCAGGCCUACCACUGUUGUGUCGUCGGCAAACUUAAUGAUGGUGUUGGAGUCGUGCCUGGCCAUGCAGUCAUGGGUGAACAGAGAGUACAGGAGGGGACUGAGCACGCACCCCUGAGGGGCCCCCGUGUUGAGGAUCAGUGUGGCAGAUGUGUUGUUACCUACCCUUACCACCUGGGGGCGGCCCGUCAGGAAGUCCAGGAUCCAGUUGCAGAGGGAGGUGUUUAGUCCCAGGAUCCUUAGCUUAGUGAUGAGCUUAGAGGGCACUAUGGUGUUGAAUGCUGAGUUGUAGUCAAUGAAUAGCAUUCUCACGUAGGUGUUCCUCUUGUCCAGGUGGGAAAGGGCAGUGUGGAGUGCAAUAGAGAUUGCAUCAUCUGUGGAUCUGUUGGGGCGGUAUGCAAAUUGGAGUGGGUCUAGGGUUUCUGGGAUAAUGCUGUUGAUGUGAGCCAUGACCAGCCUUUCAAAGCACUUCAUGGCUACAGACGUCAGUGCUACGGGUCGGUAGUCAUUUAGGCAGGUUAUCUUAGAGUCCUUGGGCACGGGGACUAUGGUGGUCUGCUUGAAACAUGUUGGUAUUACAGACUCAGUCAGGGACAUGUUGAAAAUGUCAGUGAAGACCCUUGCCAGUUGGUCAGCACAUGCUCGGAGUACACGUCCUGGUAAUCCGUCUGGCCCUGUGGCCUUGUGAAUGUUGACCUGCUUAAAAGUCUUACUCACAUCGGCUACGGAGAGCGUGAUCACAUAGUCAUCCGGAACAGCUGGUGCUCUCAUGCAUGCUUCAGUGUUGCUUGCCUCGAAGCGAGCAUAGAAGUGGUUUAGCUCGUCUGGUAGGCUUGUGUCACUGGGCAGCUCGCAGCUGUGCUUCCCUUUGUAGUCUGUAAUAGUUUUCAAGCCCUGCUACAUCCGACGAGCGUUAGAGCCAGUGUAGUACGAUUCAAUCUUAGUCCUGUAUUGACUCUUUGCCUGUUUGAUGGUUCGUCGGAGGGCAUAGCCGGAUUUCUUCUAAGCGUCCGGGUUAGAGUCCCGUUCCUUGAAAGCGGCAGCUCUACCCUUUAGGGUCGCAGUUGUAAAUGAGAACUUGUUCUCAACUGGUUUACCUGGUUAAAUAAAGGUGAAAUAAAAAAAAAUAAAAAAAAAAUAAAACAUUUUUUUUUAGCUCAGUGCGGAUGUUUCCUGUAAUCCAUGGCUUCUGGUUGGGGUAUGUACGUACGGUCACUGUGGGGACGACAUCAUCGAUGCACUUAUUGAUGAAGCCAGUGACUGAUGUGGUGUACUCCUCAAUGCUGUCUGAAGAAUCCCGGAACAUGUUCCAGUCUGUGCUAGCAAAACAGUCCUGUAGCUUAGCAUCUGCGUCAUCUGACCACUUUUUUAUUAACCGAGUCACUGGUGCUUCCUGCUUUAGUUUUUGCUUAUAAGCAGGAAUCAGGAGGAUAGAGUUAUGGUCAGAUUUGCCAAAUGGAGGGCGAGGGGGAGCUUUGUAUGCGUCUCUGUGUGUGGAGUAAAGGUGGUAUAGAGUUUUUUUUCAUCUGGUUGCACAUUUAACAUGCUGGUAGAAAUUAGGUAGAACGGAUUUAAGUUUCCCUGCAUUAAAGUCCCCGGCCACUAGGAGUGCUGCAUCUGGAUGAGCGUUUUCCUGUUGAUUUAUGGCCUUGUACAACUCAUUCAGUGCAAUCUUAAUGCCAGCAUUGGUUUGUGGUGGUAAAUAGACAGCUAUGAAAAAUAUAGAUGAAAACUCUCUUGUUAAAUAGUGUGGUCUACAGCUUAUCAUAAGAUACUCUACCUCAGGCGAGCAAAACCUCGAGACUUCCUUAGUAUUUGAUUUUGUGCACCAGCUGUUGUUUACAAAUAUACACAGACCGCCACCCCUUGUCUUACCGGAGUCAGCCGUUCUAUCCUGCCGAUGUAGCGUAUAGCCCGCUAGCUGAAUGUUAUCAUUGUUGUCGUUCAGCCACGACUCGGUGAAACAUAAGAUAUUACCGUUUUUAAUGUCCCGUUGGUAGGAUAACCGUAAUCUUAAAUCAUCCAAUUUAUUUUCAAAUGAUUGAACGUUGGCUAAUAGGAUUGAUGGAAGAGGCAGUUUACUCGCUCGCCGUCGGAUCCUUACAAGGCACCCCGAUCUUCGUCCACGAUAUCUCCGUCUCUUCCUCACGCGAAUGACGGGGAUUUGGGCCUUGUCGGGUGUCUGUAUGAUAUCCUUCGCGGCCACCUCGUUGAAGAAAAAAUCUUCGUCCAAUACGAGGUGAGUAAUCGCUGUCCUGAUACGCAGAAGCUCUUUUUGGUUAUAAGAGACGAUGGCAGAAACAUUAUGUACAAAAUAAAUUACAAAUAACGCGGAAAAACACACAUAAUAGUACAAUUGGUUAGAGGGCUGUAAAACGGCAGCCAUCUUCUCCGGCGCUGUCAUACAAUAUGAUUAGUAUACACAUACUAAUGAAGGGAUAUGAACCAGGUGUGUGUAAUAGACAAGACAAAACAAAUGGAAUGAUGAGAUGAGGAGCGGCAGUGGCUAGAAGGCCGGUGACGAUGAACGCUGAAGCCUGCCCCGAACCAGGAGAGGAGGCAGCUUCGGAGGAAGUCGUGACACAUUAGCCUACGUCUUGCACUGUGCAGAAUAUCAGAUCUCAACAACGAUUAGAGAAGUUUUUAAUAACACCAGUACCACGUCCUUAUGAUAUAUACAGUGCAUUCGGAAAGUAUUCAGACCCCUUGACCCAAUAAUGACAAAGCGAAAACAGGUUUUUAGAAAUUUUUGCAAAUGUAUUAAAAAUUAAAAACAGAAAAACCUUAUUUACAUAUGUAUUCAUACCCUUUGCUAUGAGACUCGAAAUUGAGCUCAGGUGCAUCCUGAUUCCAUUGAUCAUCCUUGAGAUGUUUAUACAACUUGAUUGGAGUCCACCUGUGGUAAAUUCAAUUGUUUGGACAUGAUUUGGAAAGGCACACACCUGUCUGUAUAAGGUCCCACAGUUGACAGUGCAUGUCAGAGCAAAAACCAAGCCAUGAGGUCGAACGAAUUGUGUCGAGGCACAGAUCAUUCUUAAAUGGAAGAAGUUUGAAACUACCAAGACUCUUCCUAGAGCUGGCCGCCCGACCAAACUGAGCAAUCGGGGGAGAACGGCCUUGGUCAGGGAGGUGACCAACAACCGGAUGGUCACUCUGACAGAGCUCCAGAGUUCCUCUGUGGAGAUGGGAGAACCUUCCAGAAGGACAACCAUCUCUGCAGCACUCCACCAAUCAGGCCUUUAUGGUAGAGUGGCCAGACGGAAGCCACUCCUCAGUAAAAUGCACAUGACAGCCCUCUUGGAGUUUGCAAAAGGCACCUAAAGGACUCUCAGACCAUGGGAAAUAAGAUUCUCUGGUCUGAUGAAACCAAGAUUGAACUCUUUGGCCUAAAUGCUAUGCGUCACGUCUGGAGGAAACCUGGCACCAUCCCUACGGUGAAGCAUGUUGGUGGCAGCAUCAUGCUGUGGGGAUGUUUUUCAGCGGCAGGGACUGGGAGACUAGUCAGGUUUGAGGGAAAGAUAAACGGAGCGAAGUACAGAGAGAUCCUUGAUGAAAACCUGCUCCAGAGCACUCAGGACCUCAAUCUGGGGGCGAAGGUUCACCUUCCAACAGGACAACAACCCUAAGUACACAGCCAAGACAACGCAGGAGUGUCUUCGGGACAAGUCUCUGAAUCGCCCAGCCAGAGCCCGGACUUGAACUUGAUCGAACAUCCAACCUGACAGAGCUUGAGAGGAUGUGCAGAGAAGAAAGGGAGAAACACCCCAAAAACAGGUGUGCCAAGUUUGUAGUGUCAUACCAAAGAAUACUCUGUAAUCGCUGCCAAAGGUGCUUCAACAAAGUACUGAGUAAAGGGUCUGAAUACUUAUGUAAAUGUUUUUUUUUUAAUGUAAUUAAAUUCAUUUGCAAAAAUGUCUAAAAACCUGUUUUUGCAUUGUCAUUAUGGCGUAUUGUGUGUAGAUUGAUGAGGGGAAAAAACAAUUUAAUCAAUUUUAGAAUAAGGCUGUAACGUUACAAAAUGUGGAAAAGGUCAAGGGGUCGGAAUACUUUCCAAAGGCACUGUAUAUUGUUGUGUUUGAAUUUGUUAAUAAAAUGCAGGACAUGAUUGUUUGGUUGCGGGACGUGGUCAACGUAUUUACGGGGGUUUUGCCAACAUUUUGUAUUCAUUUAGGCUACACUGUCCCACGAAUGUCCCGCAAAAUCAUCCUGUUGUCCCGCAUUUGGGUAUUUUAUAUGUGGUCACCCUAAUUCCACUGGUACCUUGUGGGCCUAAAAUAUGAAAAUAGGUACAUAUAUAUUUUUUUUGUUUGUUUGUAUGUUUGGGCUUUAUAGAUUGUUUUUUUUAUGUGUUGGGCUUCAGCUAAGAUUAUUAUGUAUCUGGCCAGGCCUCAAUUGUUUCUUGACUAGCACCAAUCAUUCUCACUGUCAAUAAUUCUAAUGUUAUUACUUCUAAUACUAACUGUAUCAACUGGCAAAUUGGGAGAGAGUCAGGUAAUUGCCAUCUAAGAGACAACAUAUUUUUUGCGUCAGUGCUGCCUUUCGUUACCUGGUCUGAAAAAAGUGUUUGUUGAUAACACUGUAAUGUCGUUAACAACUUUUCCAAUUCUGAUAUCUUCUUUAACCCUCUAGAGAAUUGUUUUAAGAUGGGCAUACCAAGGAUCAUUUAGCUAUUUUAUUUAGAAUUUUAAGACCCUUUAAGGUAUCAAAAACAUAAAUAAAACAAUUAUUGGAUGAAACAUUGAAUUUGGCAUUACUGCUAUUAGCCAAUAGAAACACAUUGAAUAACAGAUUCACUACAUGGAACAACAGAUAGUUAAAAAAAAAGAACAUCCAAAGGAAGUUUGUUCUGAAGUGUCUAUCCUAUAUCUGAGAGAUAUAAGAAAGAUCAGUAAACUUUUUUUUAACAUGUAUUUAUCCCCUUAUUUUAGGCACUAAACUACUGUAUCUCCAUAUAUACUUCCAUUCAUUUUUUAAACUGGUACCGUGUGUCUUCAGACAGGUCUCCUGAGGCUUGUGGGCGUCCUAGAGAACACCAUCAUGUUUGUGAGAGUCUCAGCUGUCCACAGAGGGGUCCUAUUAUUGUGUAGCCCAAACUGUUCGGAUGCUACAGACGUUUUUGUGAGAAGACCUAUUUUUGGGAUGUCUCAUGGUCUGACAAACACCGCUCUAGCUCUGCCACCUUUCACCGCAGAUGUGGAAGGGUGAUAUCGGCGGAUGUGGUGGAUUGAGACUCAGCCCAAACAGAUAUCUCUAGAUUUUGAUGGGGAUUUGUAUAUUAUGUUAAUUAGGGUUAAUUGUGAUUUAUUCAGCCCAGAUGCAAACGCAGUUGCAUUGUUUUUAAUAAAACCUUUGAUGGCGUCCCAUAAAAUCCGUAGAUCAUCGACUGAAUUUUUGUUAUUAAUUAUGAAUGUAUUCAAUUAAGUUUCAAAUUGUUCACAGAAAAUAGGAUUUUGUAGUAAGGAAACAUUAAAGCGCCAUCUUUUGGCUCUUUUAGGAGAUUCUGAUAUUUGUAUCUGGCAGUAGUAAGCAUGAUGAUCAGACAGGCUUAUAUGUCGAAUUUCUAUUUUCUUGAUUAAAGAAUAUAGAAAAGUAGAUAAUAGUACAAAAUCGAUUCGAGAGUAUGUUUUGUGCCUGUUUGAAUAGAAAGUGUACUCUUUUGCUUUAGGGUUAUGAGCUCGCCAGGCAUCAAUGAAGUGAUAAUCAGAGAGUAUAUGUUGGAGAGCCAUGGUUGCCUGUGGAUUGUAGUUCAUCUUCUUAGAUUUGUCCCACAUGUCCAGAAUGGUGUUCAUGUCUGUCCCAAUAACAAGUUGGAAUUCAGUUAAUUUAGCUUGCGUAGCUGGGAGAUCACCUCGUUGUAGGACUCCAUCUGUUUUAGCAGUUCGGCACUCAGGUCUGGGUAGAUGCUGAUCCUCUUCCCUGCAUUGGUCAGACCCCCGGAUUCCGCUGCAAGGUUAACAAAUCGCUGCUUACUUCAAAGCUGUGGAUCCGUACAAUCAUACAGCAAAUAAGAGCUGUUGCGGAGUUGACCCAUGCGGUGCGCAAUGGCAUGGGACCCACCUUUCCUGCCGGAACAGUUCAUAGAAAAGAUUGCUCAUGAAGGAAUACCCUAGCUUUCUAAGGAAACUUUUUUCUACAAAUGUUUGUAUUAUCAUUUAUCUACCUACUAGUAUUGUCUUUAGAUGCUGUGUCUUUAAAUGUUACAGUAAGCUGUGGUUCUCUGCCUGCAGUCCGUCUGUCUCCAACCCACUCUUGUCUGGAGGAUGGGAGUCACGUGACAGGCCAGUGCCCCUCCCAACCAGCCCCCCAGGCCCCAGGGUCCCAGAGCAAAGGUACUCCCCCCAAACAGGCAGGGGAGGGCUCCUACCCCCAGUCCCCUCGCAGGCCCCUCCUCUGCGACAUGGAGGGCAACAGACGGGAGAGGCCUGAAUACGGUAACAAACAAAAUGGCUGCCCGUCAGAGUUCAUCAUCCCCCAUAAACAUGAAGUGACGUGAUGUGAAAGUGUAGUCGUCCUGUCCUCACUGGCCAGCGCUAUAGAUACAGACUUUGGCAAACUCCAUUUGGGAUUCUCUAAAGAAUGGGCUCCAUUCUGACAUCAAAAGUUCCUAGUUCAAUUUGUGAGAAUUAACUUAUUAUUGAGUGUUUGGACGCAACACAAGGAUAGUUUGCAUAGGUCUGUUUAUCUCCUGCUCCCCUCACUGCCAUCCCCACUUUGGUAACUUCUGGUUAAAAGCUGCUACUGCUAUGAUGCUCACAUGAUCAAUUCUCAUUUCUCUUUUCUUCUCUGCCUUCUCAUCUCCCUCACCCUCUACCAUCUCUCUUUAUCUAUCUUCACUCUUUCUCUUCCCUCUCUAUCCCCUCUAUCUCCGUCUCUCCAACAGGCUCCUUCGGUCAACACAAGUCUCACCCAGGCUCUGAUGAAGUCAUUAACUCCUCAGCUGACUCUUCAACUCUGAUCUCCAGAGUUCCAUCCCUGGAUGACCAAUCGCAAUGUUCUGACACCGAGGUUGACCACGACCUCAACAGUGCCGACCACAACCACAAACGUUCACCGUCCUGCAUGUCCACCCAGCGACGUGCCACCGACACCUAUACGGUCACCACUGAGUCAGGCCUGGACCCGGAACUGGAGAACGACCCAGACGGGACCAGCCGAUGCCUGUCCUCCACUGCUCCCAUCGGGGGGAACGAUGGAGCUGACACCCCUCUGUCAGAUGAGGAGCUGGAGAAAGAUUUUGACGUAGAGUUCAUGUGUAAGGAGACCUAUGACAUGGUGUGUAAGGAGAACCAGAGCUCAGUCUACGUUGAGUUCCCCUCCAUCGAGCCCUCUGAGCUGGCUUCCUUCUCCAGCUACAUGUCAUCAAGCCGCUCUGAUGUUCUCAAUCAAUCCCGAAGCACCGAUCAGAGCCAGCGUCCAGGUGCAGCCAAUGAGGUGUCCAAUGACUCCAACUCUCCAUCCUCGGACCCGGGCAUCGCUGACAUGAAUGCCAAGCGGUGCUACACCACCUCAGACCAAGACCAGGACCUGAGCUCUCCCGGGUCAGACUCAGACAUCGAGGGGGAGCUAGAGGCAGCAUUCGCCUGCGGAGGACCCCUGGUCUCCAACAUGAUCUCCUCCAUCUCAGAGACAGAGCUGGACCUGACCAGUGAUGACAGUAGUAGUGGACGCUCCUCCCACCUCACCAACUCCAUCGAGGAGGCCAGCUCACCCACCUCCGACCAGGAACUGGACCCGGACACCGAGUUAGAACAGGACAGUGGAAUUGUGGGAAUGAAGGUAUCACUCCUCCUUGGCCAGCCAGACCCCAUCAAAGAGGACUCACCCUUACCUUCACCUUCACAACUCCCCUCCUCCACCCUGGCCACCCCCUCCCCUGUUGACUCCCCCAUCCUGCCCCCAGAGCCCUAUGAUGACGGCCAGGCUCAGAUGGGCCUACAAAGUGUAGAUGAUGAUGAUGACUUGCCCUAUGAGUACCAGGCUGACCCAGAUGAGACCCUGCCCCCAGCCCAGCGCUGUGAGGACAGCAUGUCCAGACAGAUGGUCCUCCAGAUAGAACCAGACCACAGCCUGGAGAGCUUCAAACGCUCCUUCUACCUGCCAGUAGGAUCCAGACUCAUACCCACCCACGCUGACGACUACGACGGGAACAGUGAGGGAGGGUCAGAGUCGGAGAGCGAGGACGAGCUGAGCGAGAAUUCAGACUCACCCUGGUUGCUUAGCAACCUGGUGAACAAGAUGAUCUCGGAGGGGUCUUAUCCAAUCAGCUGUCCCGAGGACUGUUUCAAGAGGUCAGUGUCCAUCUCGGACACCAUCUCACCCUCCUCGGACAUCGAGCCAGACGCGUUCACUGAAGCCGCGGACGAACAAGUGCAGAAAUCUGGGACGAAGAGAUCGGAGGAGGAGGAUAAAGAAAGGAGGGGCCUAAGGAAGGAAGGGAAGGAGAGAGAGAAGAGGGAGAAGAGUGCAGAGCCACCCAAAGGGAAUGCAGGGAAAGUCAACGAUAGAUUCAGCCCCUGUCUGUACAUGAACAAUCCUACAGCUGACACCAUCAGACCGGUGAUUGUGGAGCGCUAUGGCAACAGGGUAUCCACAGACAACAACCACACUCAGGACUCUGAGAAAGACUUCACCAGCCCUAAAUCAGGCAAAAACACAAAGAGGAAGGAUGAGGAAAUGGAUGAUGAAGAUACUGUGGAGCCUGAUAACGACCUGAUGAUGCUGGAGGGGAGGAAGGAGCUGGACUCUCCCAGUCUGAGUGAGAGCAUGGCGAGCGACAAGGACGAGGGCCGCGAGACGGAGGCCAAGCCCACCGGACACUCUACGGCCUCCCUGGAACGCAUCACCACAGUCAAACACAGCAUGACCUUGGACAUCCCCACGGCCCAGACCAACCGAUGCUUCAGUCUCACCUACUCCACCGACAACGACGAGGAAGAGGAGGAUGAAGAGGAAGGAGACUGCUCCCCAUUCCUGAGCUGCCUGAGGAAGCAGUCAUCCUAUCAUGGCAGCAACCAAUACCUGGACAGCUCCCCGCCUAUCGAUGAGAGCGUCCGGGACCUCCCCCUGUCAGAGCAGGACCCCCCCCUGUGUGUGAGGGACCUCCCCCUGCAGGCCCUGCGGUCCAGGCCGGAUGAUGAUGGUCUGGCGUACGACUCCAUGAAGUACACUCUGGUGGUGGAUGAGAACACUACACUGGAACUGGUCAGCCUCAGGAGGUACAUACCUACGGAAAGGGCCCACCUUCAUUAAGGGUUUAGGUGGACUUCAUUUAAAGUGAGUUGUUUAAUUACUAACCUGUGUGAACCGUGUCCCUCCCAGAUGUACCUCAGUGCUGAGUGACGACAGUGAGCUGUCUACACUGUGUGAUGAUGACCCUCUUGGGACGGGGGAGGUGGGGAACGGCCGGGGGAACGGAGGGGUGCAGCCAGAACUCCUCAGCUCGUCAGAAGACUCCUCCCCCGAGGCUGACAUGCACUUCUCCAAGAAGUUCCUUAAUGUGUUUGUCAACAGCACCUCACGAUCCUCCAGUAAGUAGGAUGCACACUAACUAACUAACUACAGUGCAUUUAGAAAGUAUUUCAUACCCCUUGACUUAUUCCAUAUGUUGUUGUGUUACAGCCUGAAUUCAAAAUGGAUUAAAUAGGUGUUUUAUUCUCACCGAUCUACACACAAUACCCCAUAAUGACAAAAAAAAUUGUUUUGCAAAUGUAUUGAAAAUGAAAUACAGAAAUAUCUCACUUACAGAAGUAUUCACACCCCUUAAUCAAUACAUGUUAGAAUCACCUUUGGCAGUGAUUACAGAUGUGAGUCUUUCUGGGUAAGUCUCUAAGUGCUUUGCACACCUGGAUUGUAUAAUAUUUGCACAAUACUAUUUUUAAAAUUCUUCAAGCUCUGUCAAGUUGGUUGUUGAUCAUUGCUAGACAGCCAUUUCAAGUCUUGCCAUAGAUUUCCAAGCCUAUUUAAGUUAAAACUGUAGCUAUGCCACUCAGGGACAUUCAAUGUCAUCUUGGUAAGCAACUCUAGUGUAUAUUUGGUCUUGUGUUUUAGUUUAUUGUGCUGAAAGGUGAAUUCUGCUGAAAGGUGAAUUUGUCUCCGAAUGUCAGUUGAAAGGUGAUUGAAGCAGAUUUUGCCUGUGAUUAGCUCUAUUCCGUUUCUUUUUAUCCUAAAAAAAAACUCCCUAGUCCUUGCCAAUGACAAGUAUCCCAUAUCAUGAUGCAGCCACCACCAUGCUUAAAAAUAUGAAGAGUGGUACUCAGUGAUGUGUUUUGUUGGAUUUACACAAAUAUAACGCUUUAUAUUAUGGACAUAAACUUAAUUUAUUUCGCACUGUUUUUGCAGUUUUACUUUAGUGCCUUAUUGCAAACAGGAUGCAUGUUUUGGAAUAUUUGUAUUCUGUACAGGCUUCCUCCUUUUCACUCUGUCAUUUAGAUUAGUAUUGUGGAGUAACUACAAUGUUGUUGAGCCAUCCUCAGUUUUCACCUAUCACAGCCAUUAAACUCGGUAACUGUUUUAAAGUCACCAUUGGCCUCAUUUUGAAAUCCCUGAACGGUUUCCUUCCUCUCCGGCAACUGAGUUAGGAAGGACGCCUGUAUCUUUGUAGUGACUGGGUGUAUUGAUACACCAUCCAAAGUGUAAUUAAUAACUUCACCAUGCUCGAAGGGAUAUUCAAUUUCUACUUUUUGUAUUUUUAUCCAUCUACCAAUAGGUGCCCUUCUUUGUGAGGCAUUGGAAAAACCUCCCUGGUCUUUGUGGUUGAAUCUUUGUUUGAAAUUCACUGCUCGACUGAGGGACCUUACAGAUUGUUGUAGGUGUGAGGUAGAGAGAAGAGGUAGUCAUAACAAAAUCAUGUUAAACACUAUUAUUGCACACAGAGUGAGUCCUUGCAACUUAUUAUGUGACUUGUUGCUCCUGAACUUAUUUAGGCUUGCCAUAACAAAGUGGUUGAAUACUUAUUGACUAAUUUUUUAUUAAUUUGUAAAAACUCCUAAAAACAUAAUUCCACUUUGACAUUAUGGGGUAUUGUGUGUCGGCCAAUGACACAAAAUCUCAAUUUAAUAUAUUUUAAAUUCAGGCUUUAACACAACAAAAUGUGGAAAAAGUAAAUACUUUCUGAAGGUCCUGUAACUAACAAAGUUACUGCACCUCGCAAUCCUCCGUAAGCAGGCUACAAACUAACUAACUAGCUAACUAACUAACUAAUUCACUAACUAGCUAACUUACUGCAUCUCACAAUCCUCCAGUAACUAACUAACUUACUGCAUCUCACAAUCCUCCACUAAGUAAUUAACUUACUGCAUCUCACAAUCCCCAACUAACUAACUAACUAACUUACUGCAUCUCACAAACCUCAACUAACUAACUAACUAACUAACUAACUAACUAACUAACUAACUAACUAACUAACUAACUAACUAACUAACUAACUAACUAAUUUACUGCAUCUCACAAUCCUCCAGUAACUAACAAACUAACUUACUGGCUCUCACGAUCCUCCUGUAAGUAGGCUACACACAAACUAAAUAACUAAUUAAUUAACUAGCUAAUGUACUGCAUCUCACAAUCCUCCAGUAAAUAAGCUACAGACCAACUAACUAACUACAGUCGUGGUCAAAAGUUUUGAGAAUUGUAUUGGUAUUGGUCUUCACAAAGUUUGCUGCUUCAGUGUUUUUAGAUAUUUCAUAUUUCUGUCAGAUGUUACUAUGGUAUACUGAAGUAUAAUUACAAGCAUUCCAUAAGUGUCAAAGGCUUUUAUUGACAAUUACAUUAAGUUUAUGCAAAGAGUCAAUAUUUGCAGUGAUGACCCUUCUUUUUCAAGACCUCUGCAAUCCGCCCUGGCAUGCUGUCAAUUAACUUCUGGGCCACAUCCUGACUGGCCCAUUCUUGCAUAAUCAAUGCUUGGAGUUUGUCAGAAUUUGUGGGUUUUUGUUUGUCCACCCGCCUCGUGAGGAUUGACCACAAGUUCUCAAUGGGAUUAAGGUCUUGGGAGUUUCCUGGCCAUGGACCCAAACUUUUGAUGUUUUGUUCCCCGAGCCACUUAGUUAUCACUUUUGCCUUACGGCAAGGUGCUCCAUCAUGCUGGAAAAGGCAUUGUUCGUCACCAAACUGUUCUUGGAUGGUUGGGAGAAGUUGCUCUCGGAGGAUGUGUUGGUACCAUUCUUUAUUCAUGGCUGUGUUCUUAGGCAAAAUUGUGAGUGAGCCCACUCCCUUGGCUGAGAAGCAACCCCACACAUGAAUGGUCUCAGGAUGCUUUACUGUUGGCAUGACACAGGACUGAUGGUAGCGCUCACCUUGUCUUCUCCAGACAAGGUGUUUUCCGGAUGCCCCAAACAAUCGGAAAGGGGAUUCAUCAGAGAAAAUGACUUUACCCCAGUCCUCAGCAGUCCAAUCCCUGUACCUUUUGCAGAAUAUCAGUCUGUCCCUGAUGUUUUUCCUGGAGAGAAGUGGCUUCUUUGCUGCCCUUCUUGACACCAGGACAUCCUCCAAAAGUCUUAGCCUCACUGUGUGUGCAGAUGCACUCACACCUGCCUGCUGCCAUUCCUGAGCAAGUUCUGCACUGGUGGUGCCCCGUUCCCGCAGCUUAAUCAACUUUAGGAGACGGUCCUGGCGCUUGCUGGACUUUCUUGGGCGCCCUGAAGCCUGCUUCACAACAAUUGAACCUCUCUCCUUGAAGUUCUUACUAGCAGCAAUAUCCUUGCCUGUGAAGCCCUUUUUCAAUGAUGACGGCACGUGUUUCCUUGCAGGUAACCAUGGUUAACAGAGGAAAAACAAUGAUUUCAAGCACCACCCUCCUUUUAAAGCUUCCAGUCUGUUAUUCUAACUCAAUCAGCAUGACAGAUUGAUCUCCAGCCUUGUCCUCGUCAACACUCUCACCUGUGUUAACGAGAGAAUCACUGACAUGAUGUCAGCUGGUCCUUUUGUGGCAUGGCUGAAAUGAAGUGGAAAUGUUUUUUGGGGGAUUAAGCUCAUUUUCAUGGCAAAGAGGGACUUUGCAAUUAAUUGCAAUUCAUCUGAUCACUCUUCAUAACAUUAUGGAGUAUAUGCACAUUGCCAUCAUAAAAACGGAGGCAGCAGACUUUGUGAAAAUUAAUAUUUGUGUCAUUCUCAAAACAUUUGACCACGACUGUACAAACUAACCAUGAGCACCUAACCUAUUGUAGCUCCUAGCAAGGGGGAUAGGGGCUGUAGUCAAACAUAUUAUUUUUUGACAAAAAAGGUGGUGAAUAAAGCUUAUACUUGGGGUUUCAUUCCAUUUUGACUCUCAUUUGAUAAAUCAUAUGAUAAAUGAGUGUCCAUGUUAGCUCUCCCAAGCUGUAGCGUGAUAAAAGAUCACUGAACCAUCGUUAACCUCUCCAUUCACUUCAUUAAUGAAUGAUCAGAUACAUAAUUAAUGGUCUAUUACAAAUGGGAAGAACAAGAAUUUCAUCAACAUAAGUUAUUUUGACAGAUGCAGUUAUCAUUUAUUUAGAUUUUAUUCAGAGAGGUCCUAUGGGUUACAUGAAUGCCCUGCCCAACAAUUAUAUCAGUGUUCUCACUGUGGUGUGUGUUUACCUGUGCAGGUACAGAGUCGUUUGGGCUGUUCUCCUGUACCAUCAAUGGAGAAGAGAGGGACCAGACACACAGGGCUGUCUACAGGUGAGUCAUAGCAUUCAGAACAUAAUUUACAGACAUACUUACUGUGUUAUAUAAACAGAGAGCAACACAACAAGCAAUCUGAAAUCCUGAUCAGACAAAAACCUGUGAUUAUUGUAAUGUUAUCAUUGUAAGAGAACAUACAGUAUUAUAAUCUCUUAUCUGUUUGACUCUUUGUUCUUAGUCCCACACGUAAAAUGGACUGUAGGUGAUAUGGGACAAAGGAUGGGGGUGUGCAGUAGGAGAAUGUGAAUCUGGUGAAUCACCAGUGGUCUGGAGGGAGGGAGGGAAGAAGAGAUGGAGGGAGGAAGAGAGGAAAGGUGAGCGAGAGGAGGACAGUUGUCAUGGUUACAGCUGUGGCCCUAGCGACACUGCAGGAGUAAUAGCUAUAUAGAAAAAUUGGUGCCGACAGACACGAUCGCCCUGUUUCUAGCUCCUAGCCAACUCUGCAGUUGGCUUUUGUGUUAUUUCUUACAUUAUUGGCUCAGAACGUUUCUAGUAUUAUUUCCUACAGCUAAAAUAACUUUUGGACUUUAGACAUGCCUUCCCGAGGCAGUCCCGGCACUACACCAAAAUGUUGACGCCGGAGGAGGGGGUGGGGUGCUAGUCACACUCAGGCAGCGAGCAAACCCUCCACCGCUUUCAAGUAUAUUAUUCGCUAACGUUCAGUACUUGGACAAUAAAGUAAAUGAGCUCAGGGCGAGGAUCUUCUUUCAGUGAGACAUAAGGGACUGUAACAUACUCUGUUUACGUAAUCAUGGCUCUGUCAAACCAGUGGGGUUCUCCAUUCAUUGUGUGGACAGGAAGAACGAACUCUCAGGGAAAAACAAAGGUGGAGGGGUUUGUCUCAUGAUUAACAACUCAUGGUGUUGUGAUUGUGGUAACGUACAGGAACUCAAGUCCUUUCAUUCUCCCGAUCUGGAAUACCUCACUAUCAAAUGCAGACCGCAAUACCUCCUGAGAUAAUUUUCCUUUUUUGUCACUGCCGUGUAUAUUCCCCCCCCCAAGCCGACAUUGCGACGGCGCUCAAGAAACUACACUGGACUUUGUGCAAACUGGAAACUGCACUUCCUGAGGCUGCAGUUUUUUGUAGCUGAGGACAUUAAUAAGGGAAAUCUGAGUAAAACGCUCCCGAAAUUCUAUCAACACAUCUCAUGUGCUACACACGGAGAGAACACUCUUUACCAUUAUUACUCUCCCUUCCAGGAUGGCUAUAAGGGCCUCCCCCGCCCUCCCUUUGCAAAAUCAGAUCAUGCCUCCUUCCUGCUCCUCCCCGCCUAUAGGCAGAAACUUAAACAAAAAGCCCCUGUGGUAAGGACUGUUAAACCUUGGUCUGGCCAAUUGGAAUCUAUGCUUCAAGACCGCUUUGAUCAUGUGGACUGGGAAAUGUUCCGGGUUGCCUCUGGGAAUAGUAUUGAUGUAUACACUGACUCGUGACUGGGUUCAUCAGGAAGUGUAUAGAGGAUGUUGUUCCUACUGUGACGAUUAGAACUUAUCCAAACCCAAAACCAUGGAUUGAUGGCAGCAUUUGCACAAAACUGAAAGCCCGAACCACCACAUUUAACCACGGCAAGGUGACUGUGAACAUGGACGUGUACAAACAGAUGCGUCAUCGAGAGUAUUCUGUCAGGCUGUAUCACCGCCUGGUACGGCAACUGCACUGCCCACAACCGCAGGGCUCUCAAGAGCGGGGUGCGGUCAGCCAAAUGCAUAACCGGGGGCACACUGCCUGCCCUCCAGGACAUCUACAGCACACAGUUUCACGGGAAGGCCAAAAAGAUAAUCAAGGACCUCAGCCACCCAAGCCACAGCCUGUUCACCCCGCUACCAUCUAGGAGGCGGAGACAGUACAGGUGCAUCAAAGCUGGGACCGAGAGACUGAUAAACAUCUCCAGGCCAUCAGACUGUUAAACAGUCAUCACUAGCCAGCUUCCGCCCGGUACCCUGCCCUGAACCUUUGGCACUGUCACUAGCUGGCUACCACCCAGUAUUCUACCAUGCACCUGAACUUUAGAGACUGCUGCCCUAUAUACAUAGAGCCAUUGAACACUGGUCACUUUAAUAAUGUUUACAUAUUGUUUUACCCACUUUAUGUUUAUACUGUAUUCUAGUCAUGGCUCAUCCUAUAUAACUACACCUGUACACACCUUUUCUAUUCAAAUACUGUCCAUACUGUCUAUACACACCAUUUAUAUGUAUACAUAUUUAUAUUCCAAACUCUGACAUUGCUCGUUCUGUUAUUGCUCGCUCUGAUAUUUCUAAUGUUUUAUUUUUUAAAUCUAUUUUUUAUAUAUUACUGCACUGUUGGAGCUAGAAACAUAAGCAUUUCACUGCACCUGCGAUAACAUCUGCAAAUCUGUGUACACGACCAAUAAACUUUGAUUUGAUUUAUACUCACGCCAGCCUGCCACCACCUGGGCCUCACUCUGUGUGUGUUUGUGUGUGUUUGUGCCCCCUGUUCCAUUCCUCAGUAACUGAAUCCUUCUUAUCUCCCUAGCCUUUAUAAUACUCAGCACUUCCCCUCCCCCUUCUCUCCCUCCAUCCCUAAGUGUGUCUCUGCUGUUUCUUCAGCUAACAGCCUCUUUUUGGGGAGACACCUGAUACUCAAGACAGAUGCUGCUUCCUCCUCAGUAAAACCUAAUAAUGUGUGUGUAUCUCUACCCUCUGACCUCUGUCUCCUGCCCCCUACAGGUUUAUCCCCAGACAUGUGGAUGAGUUGGAGCUGGAUGUGGACGACCCUCUGUAUGUCGAGGAAGAGGAGGAUGACUACUGGUACAGAGGCUACAACAUGCGGACGGGAGAGAGGGGGAUAUUCCCUGCCUUCUACGCCCAUGAGGUCAUAGGGCAGUCCAAGGAAAUAAUGGGUGAGUAAUAUAUUAGGAGGGAAGGUAGCCUAGCAGUCAGAGCGUUUGGCCAGUAACCGGAAGGUUGCUGGUUUGAAUACCUGAGCCGACAAGGUGACAUCUGCCGAUGUGCCCUUGAGCAAGGCACUUAACCCUGAUUUGCUGCAGGGGUGCUAUACUACUAUGGCUGACCCUGCAAACAACACAUUUCACUGCACCUAUCUGUUACAAUAAAAACUAUUUUUAUAGAGAGACGUGUCUGGUAGGAGCACAAUUCUACUGGAAAAUUCCCUUUCUAUACUGAGUAUGUCAAGUGUUGACAGUAUUUCAUCACUGGAGACACAUAACCUGAAUGUCAAUAAGAUAAAUGCUUCCCAUCUGAUGUCACUUCCUGUGUGUACACUUCCUGUGUGUACACUUCCUGUAGGAAUGAAGAGGAACCCAGCCUGGAUGGACAGUUUCAGCGUUCAGUUCCUGGGUUCUGUGGAAGUGCCCUAUCACCAAGGCAAUGGCAUCCUCUGUGCUGCCAUGCAAAAGGUGAACAGAAAAUGCAUCACUCUGGGUUGGGCGAACCUACAGGUCAUAGGGUGCUCAAUAGUCUGAAUGAGACAGUGUUUAAAAAAGUUGAUCUGUAUUGAACCCUCUCUUACUUCUCUGUCAGAUUGCGAUAGCGAGGAAGCGGACGGUCCAUUUGCGGCCCCCCUCUCUGUGUGAGCUGGAGAUCAGUCUACAAGGGGUUAAACUGGUGAUGAGCCUGGAGGACGAAUAUGACACUAUGGAUGAGGUGAGAGAUGAAGGGAUGAGAGAUGGGGAGGAGUGUAAGUGAGGGGUGCAGGGGAAAGGGGGGAGGGUAAGGGACAUGUGCAAAAAAUAAAAUUAAAAUGGCAGACACUCGAGUGACUGUAGCACAUUCAAAAGAAGGCUGAAACGACCACAUAAUAUGAGCAUCUCUCUCUCUCUCUCUCUCUCCAGUUUGACAGAUGUAGUCACUUCUUCCAGAUGAAGAACAUCUCUUUCUGUGGCUGCCAUCCUAAAAACAAUUGGUAUGAAAAUACACGUUGAGGAUACAUUUCAUUAGACGAUAAAACACCAAGAAUAUAAACUUGAUUUAUUUACACUUCCCCUAAUUCCCCCUCUCGCUCUCUCCUCAGCUACUUUGGCUUCAUCACUAAGCACCCCAUGCUGAACAGGUUCGCCUGCCACGUCUUCGUCUCCCAGGAGUCAAUGCGGCUUGUGGCAGAGAGUGUUGGGUGAGUCACACACAGUACCUCAGUGUUUCCCUCUCACAUGAUUCUCAUUCCCUUUUAAACUGUGCUUGUAAACCUAGGGAUGAUGAGUGAUAAGGAAAGCACUCUCCGAUACUCUGUCUCUCCACAGCAUUAUGUGUUUUAUUGAAGUUGUAGCAUUGGCUGUUCUCCAGUAAUCUAACAAUGCUUUCACAGCUUUAUCUCCCAAUCUCUGUCAUUACUGCUGAUGUGAAAAAACUGGCAUACUGUGGUCGGAAUAAUAAUGGUGGAAACCAUAGCCUACCUAUUAAGCCCUUUAGUUCAGUUGGUACGAUGGAGACGAGAAGAAAGUACAUUAAAAAGUAUUGAGUCAUUCUCAGAGAGAAAGAGAGAGAGAAUGAGCUGGGGUUUAUAAUGACCGCAGUUCCUGUCCUGUUAAUCUUGUCUGAAUCAGGCAUAUCGGGUUUGAAUUAUGAAAGAUGGCCAUUGUUCAAGGUCGACAUAGCAGAGCAGGGAUGGGCUGGUGAGUGAGUCAGGGUAGGGGACAGAAAGGCUUCAGACAUUAACAGUCAUGAUUAUAUAGUAAUGAUGGUAUGGGGAAAUGUACUAAGCUGAGGCUCAUCUUGGACUAGAACCAUGGUGUGAGUCUGGUGGAGACAUUAUCUCUGGGUGAUUUAGUUGGACAUUGUUUGCUAAACUAAUCCCUCCGUUGUCUGUCUCCCUCUCUAGACGGGCUUUCCAGGAGUAUUACCAGGAGCACCUGGAGUACGCCUGCCCCACUGAAGACAUCUACCUGGAGUAG